AUGACACUUUUUUGGCGCUCCAAGGCUUCUGCGGCAGACAACCCACCCAAGUUCAUCCACGUCACCUACACGCCGCCUGCUGCUGGAACUGCUCGUGGUGGGGAAGGGGAGGAGGAGAAGGCGUUGAAGAAACCGGCGCUGAUUGGCAAGGGGCACACCUUCCACCUGCCAGCGCUGAUUGGCAAGGGGCACACCUUCCACCUGCCAGCGCUGAUUGGCAAGGGGCACACCUUCCACCUUCCAGCGCUGAUUGGCAAGGGGCACAUCUUCCACCUGCCAACGCUGAUUGGCAAGGGGCACACCUUCCACCUGCCAGCGCUGAUUGGCAAGGGGCACACCUUCCACAGGCUGUAG